AUGAAUAUUGAAAAGUCAGAUGACAAAGCAAAGAAUGGCUUGAAGUCUUCCUUACUUAUAAGGGAUGAAAAUGGAAAUAAUUACGCAUGUGACAAAGCUACACCUUCCUCAAACAAUUGUGCCACCAAAUUGCAUGGUAAUUCAACUGACCAAAAUAUAGCAACUAAGCAUGAAGAUGAUACUGUUCUUGAAGAUAAGAGUGACUUUGGAAGUAUUCUUUUAAAACAGCAGCAUAUUGACACACAUCAUCUACAGAUGAUGCCUAGUAAAUAUAACUGCACAGGAGGUCUCUUGGGAGAUACAGAUGCUGCAUGCAAGUCUUCUGUGACCGGGCAGACCUGUGUGUAUCCUUUGAACUGUGACUUGAAAGAAAUGGCAAACUUCUUGAAAGAUAAUGUGGCUGUGGCAGAAAUGCAAGAUCAGAGUCUUGAACAAUUGGUGCCUUACAGUCAGUCUGACUCAAACUGUGCAUUACCUCUUCCUGCUUCAGAGCAGAACGUGCAGUCCGUGAUAAAAGACAGGGUACGCUGCCACCUGAGCACAUUGGAUGUUACUAGCGUUAUAGGUGGAACUGUGGAAACUGAUCAAAAUGAUGAUGUGCAUCUGAGUGAACGCUCUUCUGAUGAAGUAUUUACAAGAGCGAAACUUGGUGCAAUCAGCUCAGAAAAAAUCCCGAAUUUCUCCUUUACGAUAGUGGCUUCAGGAAGCCCAGAUGUCUAUUCUGAACUUGAAGUACCUUGUCCUGCCUCUGUAGGUGUUGAACACUACAUAGAAAACACUAACAACGUUGACAGAGCAUCACAGGAAGCAGAAGCACCAUCUGGAAAACUAGCUGCUGGAUGUAUAGAUGCUUGUACGCAAGAUCCGUGUGUUAAAACAUGCGAAGAUCAGCAAGCAAAAUCCUCGCAGAAUACUGCUGGAUGUGCUGAAAUUGGGAAUUCCACUGCUGAAACAUGCAAGGAUGGUUCUGUAAAUAAGGAGCACCUUUUACCAGUAGAUAACGGUGAUGGAGAACAAGUAUCAAAGAAAAACAGUGAACCCUUAACCAAAGAACAAAGCAUCUCUGGAAAUGCUGCUUUUCAAGAUAUGCACAACACCCCUUCUGUGUCUGAAACGACACCUUGCAGCGUACCAAAACUAAAGAGGGCUGCUUUGCCUGAGCUGAAAUGUGAAGCAACUUUUGUGGUCUUCAGUCCUUUGGCUGAUGAAAGAGAUUCUGCUCUAUUUACUUCAACUCCUAAGGAGAAAUCAAAAAAUACAACUUUUUCUGUUCCAGCUGUGGCAGAACUUGGAGACAAGUCUACUAAACUGCGACCAAAUGAGGUGUUCAUAGGAGUACAAAACAGAAGUCCUUUGCUUAAAGCUAAUUCAGGUCAAAUUACGGGAAAAACAUCAAGCAGGUCUCCUGUUGCGUCAACAAUAACCAAAGCGAGGAAGUCUGAGAUUGUUAGUUUUCCCAAACCUAAUUUCAAGAAUGUCAAGCCAAAGGUUAUGUCUAGGCCUGUGCUGCAGCCAAGAGAGGCUGCACCCUUAAAACAGUCUCCUCAGUCCCCCCAGCUGUCAGCCACCUCCUCAUCCUCACUAGCUGCUUCCCCAAGGCAAUUGUCCCCUUCUGUAAAAGUCCUGAAAAGGAAAAUAGAUCUCGCUAAAGAUACUAAAGUGGAAUUGCCUGUGAAUAAGCCCCAUAAGCUACAUCUUAACAAACACCUCUUCGCUAGCCAAGUCGUACACGCCACAACACAUCCCCGAAACGCUUCCCACAGGGCUUCAAAGACACCUGUGUUGAAGCAGAACCCGGAAGACCUUGGCAAGGCAGGCGCUACGGCUUCAGCAUGCUCCUCGCUCUCUGCCGUGCUUCCAACAUGCGUGGAGGGCUCCAAGGAGAUGCGGAGCGAUAAAAUGGAAAGUUCAAACUUGUUAAUGCAGCCCUCUGCUGAAAACAUCCACCUGAUGGGAGGUGAAAAGGAGCAAAACGACAACAUGGGAAUUCUUCCAGAAGCACCAUUGUUAAAAGAUGUGGCAAAUGAAACGUUUGACCUGUGCUCUGUUCCUGUGAUGUCUUCUGUGAAAGACGGGACAGCAGAAGGGAAAAAUACACCAAAGAAAGUCUCAGUCAUGCCACGAGCUGUAUCAGCAUCCAAGGUUAAAACGGUGCCCUCCGUGUUGAAGAGAGGAAGUGAAAACAAAAAUACCUGCACAGUUAAAGCACCUUCUCAGAAAGGAACUGUUCUAUCAUCAAGCUCUGGCGUAGGAUCUUCACCAAGAGAGAAGCAUGUCUCCAUGAAAAAUUCUUCAGCCUUCUGGGCUAGCUCUAGUAAACCUCUACCCAAAUCUAAAGUGCCUGUCAAAAGAUCAGUGCUGGAGAGGACACCUAGCAUCUCAUCGCUCAGCAGCACUCAGAGUGAGAGAAGUCUUUUCAGCAGUAAUUCUACAAGUGCCACAAUCAUCAUCAAGAAUGGAGAAUGGCCUUCAAAACCAGCCUGCCAGAAUGGUGCUUCUGGACCUGUCUCUUUGAAAGCAGUACCAAGACCUAGAUUACACUCAUUAAAAACAACUCCAAAAGGAGUCAAGUCGAGGUCUGCUUCCUUAAACCAAUCCAUAACAAAAUCACCCGGGCCAUUGCACCCAGCAAGGAAAUUCAGCGAGGCUAGAGGCAAUCAGCUGUUGGGUACUCCUGGAAGAAAUAGACACCAAAGCCUGUCGUCUUUUGGUUCUGUUGACAAGGGCAAGCAGCGGAGUCCAAAAAGCUCAUGCAUACAGACACAGACCUCCACAGAUGCGCAUUCACCUGGCACAAAAACAGCUGAGUUGACACAGUACAAGACAAAAUGUGAGAACCAAAGUGGAAUCAUUCUGCAGCUGAAGAAAUUCCUGUCAAGCAGCAACCAGAAGUUUGAAGCAUUGACAAUUGUGAUCCAGCACCUGCAGUCUGAGAGGGAGGAAGCACUGAAACAACACAAAGAGUUAUCUCAGGAGCUGGUUAACCUUCGAGGAGAACUGGUAACCACUUCUGCAGCUUGUGAGAAAUUGGAGAGAGACAGGAAUGAACUGCAGGUUGCUUAUGAAGGAUUUCUGCAGAAAUUAAAUGAGCAACAUCACAGUGAUUUAGCUGAACUGGAGGAGAGGCUUAAACAGUUUUAUACUGCAGAAUGCGAGAAGCUCCAAAGUAUCUGCAUCGAAGAAGCUGAGAAGUACAAAGCGCAACUCCAGGAGCAGGUGGACAAUUUAAAUAUCACACAUGAAAACUUUAAGCUGGAACUUGAAAACAGCCACUCAGAAAAAGUAGAGGAACUGAAAAAGGAAUACGAAUCCUCUUUUUCAGAGCUCAAGAAUGCCCAUGAAUCUGAAAGGAAGUCACUUGAAGAGUCCUUUAAAGAAAAGCAGGAAUUGCUUGAGAAAAAAAUUGAUGAAUUAAAAUGUGAAAACGAAUCUCUGAGUGAGAAGCUGAAAUUAGAAGAGCAAAAACAAAUAGCCAAAGAAAAAGCCAAUCUUAAAAACCCGCAGAUUAUGUAUCUGGAACAGGAGCUGGAAAGUUUGAAAGCAGUGCUGGAGAUCAAGAAUGAGAAACUCCAUCAGCAGGAUAUAAAGCUAAUGAAGAUGGAAAAACUGGUGGAAAACAACACCAUCCUAAUGGAUAAAUUAAAGAAGGUUCAGCAAGAAAAUGAAGAAUUAAAAGCUCGGAUGGACAAACACAUGGAGCUUUCAAGGCAACUUUCUACUGAGCAAGCUGUUUUACAGGAGUCACUAGAAAAAGAAUCGAAAGUAAACAAGCGCCUGUCAAUGGAAAAUGAAGAACUUCUAUGGAAGUUGCACAACGGCGACCUAUGCAGCCCAAGGAAACUGUCUCCCAGUUCUCCAUCCGUGCCUCUUCAGUCCCCACGAAAUUCUGGUAACUUCUCUAGUCCUACGGUAUCACCGAGAUGACAUCUCUGAGAGAAAGGGGAUUGCAUUUCCUUUGUGAUCUGCAGAACUGAUCCUAACUUUAAUCACAGGAGCAAAAGCUAUAUUAGCUGAGGAUGACGACUAAACAUAACUGGAAACUUUGGUGCAAAAAUGACGGUAAGAGACUGAGAAUAUGGGAGCUAAGAUGCUCACGUUGCUUCUCCCCAAAAGACUUGAUUAUGACCUCUAUGGACAUCGUUGCACAAAGCACUUACGGAGCAAGGAAAGACUUGUUUGUUGCCUUUUCACCUAACUAUAAGAAGAAGCUCAGGGGCUUAGAGAUAAAGAUCACAACCUUUAUAAUAUGUUCCUUAUCACAGACACUUUUUUAAAGGCUGUGUGUGUGUGCGUGCGUGCUGUGGAUGGAAUGGAUGUAACACACUGUGCGUGUGUCUAAUGCUGCCUUCUUUGCUGUGUAUGUAAUAAAGGAUAAAAGCUGAAGACUAUAUACAUUGACAUGUACUUCCUUAAUAAUGGUGUCAGUAUGCAUGCUUUUAGCAAGAGUACCUUCAUGCAGAAACGAGGAGAAACUGCCACUAGUACUGUAGGUCGGUUUCCUCUGUCUUUCUGGCUUCAGUUCAGUACAAGAAUGGUGUGAAAAGCUUUAUCAAUUCUCUCAUUAGCGUGUUGGCCCACCUGUGUAUGGUGUUCUGAAUGAACUUUAAGAACAAAUUGAAUCACAGCCAUGUUACGCAUGGAUUCUUGGUCUAAUAUCCAUGCACAGCUCCAUCAAUUACAAGGAGACUUCUUUUUUUGCAGGUUACAGUGGAUUUUGGCUUUCAAGUCUACAGGGUCAUAAUCCGAAUUAGAACCAGGGUAUCCCCAGAGGUCACGAGUUCUUAGUACAGUUGCAGGUUUAGAUGUCCAGACCUAUCAUCUUACCUGAGGAAAAGGAAUCACUUACCUUCCCCAAAACAGCAUGUCCAUUGCUGAGGAAAAACACGAUUUGAAAGCCAAAGAGAAAAAUGCAAUAAUUGUUAGGUGCAUGCUUAACUUGGUUCUCAAGAAGAAUCUUAGGCUAUCUGUGAAUUUCAAUGUAUCUGGUGACGUGUUUGCUUUUCAAGCAUUAGCAUUUAUAUUAACAUUCAUUGGGGUUGGCUAAAUUUCCCUGUGGAAGAGGGGGAAGGGGGUAGCUGUGAAUAGUUAUCUUGCUAAUUCUGCCAUACCUUCCCUUUUAGACUGCAGGAUAUCGAGUGUUUUGCCAGUUCCUUUGGCAAAAGAUCCUGUACAAGAGAUUCUGUAGAGUAGGUGAAAAAAUUGUCCUGCCUGCUGAAGCUGGAGGCUGAGGGUGUCAGCAUUUCUGGAAAUGUUGUAUGCUGAGCUUCAGCUUAAACAAUCACAUAGCUUUGCUACUCCCUUGGUCAGACCUGUUUUAAGAUCUCUGCAGUGUAUCUACUAAACACAGGUUCCACUUCAAAUUAGUGUUACAAAACUCUCUGUGCUUACAGUAGCCUGGGUUUUACAGUGCCACUUCCAGAACCAUUGUAAUACUUGUUUUAGCUAAUGCUAUUAACAAGCUCUACAGUUAACUGUUAUGGUAAAUCGCAUCUGAGUUUCCCUGUGUUUUCUAGUAGCUUGACAACAGGAAUCGAGGGGAUAGGAAGAGUUUAGGGAACUGAACUGGAGAACCACUUCAAACCAUGUUACCCAAGACUUGAAAAAUCUUGGCUAGUAAUGACAAACACAAAAACAAGACUGUUAACAGUGCUCGUACAUUAAGUAAACAUGUAAUAAACUUGUGGCUGACUAUUACUUAAUUUUACAUGAUGUACAAAUUAAGGGUGCCGUUUUUAUGAAACAUUAUGCUCUCUUAACCCUCUUUAAAGCACUGUACAUGCCACUGUUAGUGGUGUCAGCACUUAAAUUUGAAACCCCUAGAAAACAGUUUAACUAUGAAAAUCCUCUGUGGGCUAAAAUUUGGCUUAAAGUAUAGCUUGGAACAUUCUUAUUUGUUAUGGUCAAAGAAAUUUGAUUAUAUGUAUUUGAGCCUAAUGCUUAAAAAAUAAAUUUUUGUACUGAUUGAAGGCUUUUUUUUUUCCUGCUUUUAUUAGUCAAAUGAUCUUUAAUCUAAGAAGGAACAUUCUUUUAAAUACUUAACAUUUCUUAGCACCUGUUCAGUACAGCGGAACAGCAAUAAUGAAGCUUCCCUACACAAGUUAUUAAUGUUCACCUAACCCUUAGAAAAUUUUAACUAUGCUCUGCCACUCUGAUGUAAACAGAAAUUAUACAGAGCUUGUUUAUGAUUAUUAGUUAUUCAGUUUGAGGUGGCUGUUCCAAAAAAAAAAAAUAAAUGUAGAUACCAUCACAGAAUUAUGCAAUAAUAAAAUACAUGUACUUGAGUAUGUUUGGCUUAAUUUAUGGAGCCAAUGUGUAUAUACCUGGUAAAGGCAUCCUAAAGCAUUCCUCUUACAAAAAUACUCACUUUAUUCAGGAUUUAUUCAGGAUUCUGUAAGAAAAGCCACACAGUUUAGCAAUCUAACAAGUCAAGUCACAAAAAUAUAUGCCUAGCAUUAAGAACUUUACCUUAGCUGGGAUGUCAGAGCCUCAGAUAAAACAUUCAAGAAGCAUACAUUCAGAUGCUUGGAGAUACAGUCUGCCCCUUCAUGUAAUGGAGAAGGGGAAAAGCUUUUCCAGCCUACCAGUACAGAGCAGUAAGUAUGGCACAGUAAGUGAUACAAAACUGUGGAGGUCAACUCUAGGGGUAAGUUAAUGAUACAGCUUGCAGGUAGAACUUUUAAUGCUGUUAAGAAGAAAUGGGUAACUCUUAUAUAUCAAAAUCAGACCAUGUAAGUACCUGCUUACUGUUUGUUGGUCAGAAAACUAAAUAUUCUGUUCAUUUCAAUAUUUACCUCCAUUUAACUGAGUAUUAACAUUUCAAGCUUCAAUUUUAAUACUGUAUGUUAGCAAAGGCUUUAUUUGGGUACAGUAACUUUUACAUAUUUCUGAUUUCUUUAGCACAAGUUUUCUUUCAUAAAAAGCUAGAAACCUGCUUACUUAAUGUAUUCUAAAGGUCUAGCACUAUCUGAGCAAUUAUACAAGUGUUUUUCUUCGGCUACUCCACCUUAGCUAUCUUUAAUGAUAAGUUUCAUAGGAAGUCACAAUGACACUUGUAACUGUACCAAAUAGUCUGUUGUCAUCAAGCUAUCCAUACCAUGUUUCAUGCCUCUGCAAUACUUUUCUCUCUAAAGGUGUGUUUUUUGAGUUACACCAUACUUGCAGUAAAAUUUGAGUUGAAUCAUUU